AUUAGGUCACCAAAGUAGAUAACCGCUUGUAUUUUGUUGAAUAUUUUUAUUAUUUCAGAUUUUCUUCGUAUUAUUAAAUCUUUCUUUAAUUUCCGAAGUUUCAAGGAUCAGCUGCUUUGCCUAGGUUUGAUUAAUCUGUUUCCUGGGCCCUGUUAGGCUUCUUCCUGUCCUCAGAGGUCUACCUACGCCUCCGAUGGCUGCAUGUAGCUUGGGAGGUGCUUCACAUAUUCAAUUGUCAAACUUUCACUCUGGCUAUGCUAGAACCCCAUUUGGCAGUUUACAAAUGUAUCCGAUAAGAAGUUGGACCAGGCAGAAACCUAGAUUUUCAGGUUUGGUGCUGUCAAGCAGGUUUGAAAAGCCAUUUUCCACAAGCUGCAGAUCAUCUUCUGAAACUGAAACUACCACUAAUAUACAGGAUGGUUCAGCAGAAAAGAAAUCCAACAGCUUGACAAGCCAAAUUAUCCCAAAUUCAUUUGAAGUGCAAUCUUUGGUAACAGCAAUCUGUGAUACCACUUCUGUUGCAGAAUUUGAAUUGAAACUUAGUGGAUUCAAGAUCUAUGUGACAAGGAAUUUGUCUGGGAAAAGUGAACCUCCAGCUCCUUCAAACUCGGUGCCAACCGGUUCUAGCAUCACUGCGGAGACUCGUGAUUUAAAUGGAUCAGUUUCCACAUCAUUAGCCAUCUCUAAACCAGUACCAUCUUUAGGAGGAAUACAGACCUUGCUUGAUAAAGCUAUGGAUGAAGGGUUGGUAAUACUGCAAUCUCCAAGAGUUGGAUAUUUCAGAAGAUCCCGUACCAUAAAGGGGAAACGUGCACCUCCAUCAUGUAAAGAGAAGCAGAUUGUGAAGGAGGGCCAAGUGCUUUGCUAUAUUGAACAACUAGGUGGUGAGAUCCCAAUUGAGUCUGAUGUUUCAGGGGAGAUUGUUAAGAUACUGAGAGAAGAUGGCGAUCCUGUUGGAUAUGGUGAUCCUCUUAUUGCGAUCCUUCCUUCUUUCCCUGGGAUAAAGAAGCUUCAGUAAAUAGUUUGAUUUUGAACAUUGCCUGCUCCUGUCCGAUCAUAACAUUCAGGUGGUCUAAUGAAAUAAAUGAAAGACUGGGAUUUUCUUCUC